UUGAUCAACUACUGCGUAGAUAAGUUGUUCAUUUUUGGGUUACAAUAGCAAUAGAUGGUGCCUACGUCGAGAAUCGCCAUCUUGUGCACCACAUGACCUCGUUGCCGCGUCCCGUGACCAGCUCACGUGAAUUUUGGCAAAUUCAAACAUUUUUGGUGGAUAAUAUGGACAUUUUGGAUCAACACCUUCAACAGCAGGAUGUCAGGUAGCGUUUAUAUUAACUAUCGGCUGGUUAAUGAUGAAAACACAUAUUCCUCCUGUUCCGCCUGAGGUUUCGUCAAGGUCACCAGAUAGUGCACGGUGCGCACUUACAGCCGUAGGACGACAGGAGUCGUGGAACACGGUUGGAUCAAAGGAAGAACCUGGAACAGGAAUUGUUAUUGAAGAAGCAGAGAUUGUUGAUUGUGAAGAGGCAGUCGGUGAUAAUGGAAUGCGAUAUCAAGAAGCGCUAGCAUAUAGAGUGGUUCAAGUCAAUGGUAAUUCAAGCAAUAAUGAAAUAGAACUGCCUGUAGGACAAGCAGGAAACAAUACCGUACAAGUUUUAACAUCUCCUUUAAAUGGACAGUUUUAUGUCAUUGGCAAUGCUAAUGAUGUUUUCACUACGGCUCAAACAUCUAGGUCUUUAGUUCCUAGGACUACUACUCUUCAAAUAGAAACACCACGAAAUUGUACUACCGGCUUAAAAAAGAGAGAUGAUAGAAGAAGAGCAACACAUAAUGAAGUUGAACGUCGGCGUAGAGAUAAAAUCAAUAAUUGGAUAGCAAGAUUAGGAAAAAUAAUACCCGAAUGUAAUGCGACCAGCAAUACUACUGGAAGUGGUAAUAGUGGAGAAGGAAAGGCAAACUAUGAAACCCAGAGCAAAGGAGGGAUUUUAGCAAAGGCUUGUGAGUAUAUAGGCGAAUUACGUGCAGCUAAUCAAGGAUUGGGUCAAUGUUUACGAGAUAAUGAGAAAUUAAGACAAGAAAUAACUGCUUUAAAGCAGCUUAUUUCGCAACUGAAGCGUGAAAACCUACAACUUCGAACACAGUUGUCUUCAUCGUCAGGGACAAGUGCUGAUGUUCAUUUAAGUUCGUAAUUUUGAAUAAGAGUCUCACAUGUAAAUAUUAGCUGUCGUAUAUGAAUUAGAAAUAUUUACUUAGUUAUUCUUUUUUUUGUUUCUUUCCUUUUUUUAUUGUUUGCUGUUUCCUAAACUUUAAAUCAACUUAUAGUAAAUUCUAUGAUUUCGAAGUUACAUCAACAUCUAAUUAACUAUAAAAAAUUAGUAUAUCCUAAUAAAUAAUUAUGAAUAACGUUAUACAUUAUAUAUAAUAUAUUAUGUAACGUUAUUAUGCAAAUCACGUUAAUAAGCAAAUAUCAUUUGAUAUGCUGUGGUUUUAAGUAUACUUUGUUAAUAUUGUUAUUUAAGCACUGCAACUAUAUAAGUUGUGCUAUAAUAAUUGUUAUUUUUCAACUAUCAUUUAAUUAGGAUUUUGAAAGUAAUAGGAAUGACCGAAAACUGAGAACAUGUGUAAAUGUUUGUGCGGAUGAGUGUGGUUACUCACGCUAUGAAAAUACGAUGCAAUAUUUUAAUAUAUAAAAAAAUGUCUUCUAAUCCAAAGACAAGAUUAAAACAUUUAAUUUCCACAUUCAAGUUUUACAUGUAAUAUAACAUUAAAUAUUCUUUCUUAAUUUAUAUUACAAGAGAAAAAAUUCAUUUUGAAAUGAAAAAUUAUUCUGAAAAAGAGAAUUUGAAUAGUGUUUCAUUUGAUAUUGUAUAUUUUAAAAUUUGCAACCAAAUCUACCACUGAGUCUAAUCUGUUACUACUAUGUUUCAUGUUUAUAAAUAUAUUGCUUAUUUCUACAUGUGUGUAAAUCAAUAAAUUGAUCCGGUAUUACAGUUAAUUAGUAUACUACGUAAAAGAAUUUUGUGCUAAAUUAUCUGUGGUUAUUAUUCAAAUGUUGGCAUUUGAUAUAGAUUCAUUAAAAAUAACAUUUUUAACUAAGGAAAUGAUAGACACUCACUUUUUGACUAUCGUACAGAUGCAGUUUCAAUUAUGAAUAUUUGUUGACAUGCGAAUAUGCAGUUAAAUACUUGUGAAUAUUGUGUGUUGGAUAUAUUUUAUUUUUAAUAAAUCUUUUAUAUUAACUCGCGCGAGGUCUGUAAAGUAUAGAUAUACAAUAAAGUAGAAUGGAAUGUAAAACGUAUUAAUUAUACUUUUACGUUCGUGUAAACAACAAUGUGAUAUAUGCACAUACUUAGUAAAUAACACGUCUAAAUUUUAAUUACGCAGAAAAUAAUUGUAAUAUAUCGUUAAUGUAUAUAGUAUUACAUUGUUAUGUAAUUAUUAUUGACGUCGUCGCAUCAUUAAAAUAAUCAGAUUAAA